CGCUCGCUGAUGCUUGAGCGAACGGUACUUUUGGGAAUUUCUCGUCGUGUUUUUGUUUACCGUCAUCUAGUGUUCAUUUUGUCUUAAUUUGAAACGUUACUCGGUAAUUUAAUUUGUGAUUCAAUGUUUAUGUGACUUUCUUAGAAAUUUCGAACGCCGGUCUUUAUUGUUUACAUUUGUGGUGUGUAUUUAAAAGUGAAAGAGGAUUAAAAUGACAACGUGAUACAUUCUUUUUGUGCAUUGAUACCAAGUAACACGUCGCAUCUUGCACCGUGGCGUCCUCCUGAACAGCUCCAGAAGAUUUUAUUCAUCAAAAGAAAAAAAAAGAACAAGUGAACAGCAAAACAACGAUCAUUGAAAAAACCAACGAAUAAAGGAUUAAAAAGAAGAUAAAAAUCAAUUAAAAUGUCAUUCGUUCAGUGAGGCGAAAGAAAUGUCGACAACGAGUGGUAACGGAAGUGGUACUAGUACUAGCGGAGGAAGUACUAUAAUUGGAGUUGGAGGAGCUUUAAGUCUCAUGGGUUGUGUGAGGGAGGCUUCACCAUCACCCCAGGAACAUCAUCAUACUCUUGACAUGGGUGACUUUGCUAUGCACCGGAAUCAACGAAAUGUUGACACACUUCCGAAAGAAUUAAAGAAGAGGCGAUUUCAUCCUCUGCGAGGUCUUCGGAGAAUUUUCCGGAGAAAAAGUAGAAGUGCAGCAGACGCAAAGGUCGACUCUCGUGGCAGUGAUCGAACCAGUGAACUUGUGAUUCAUGACAGAGAAGAGAUGACACUAAGACAUCCUGCUGGACGUCCAGACGAUGCUAGAAGCCAAAGUGCUAGUGAAUUACUAACAGACUCCUGUGACCGUCAGAGGAGGAUAAAUCAAAAUAGUCGAUCUAUUUUUCCAAUUAUCUGUUAUUAUUUCAGCAAACGUGUCAUUGGCUGGCCUAAAAAAUACAGAAUAUCCAUGAGGAAAUCUUUUAAUCAUGUGUUCCUGAGGCGAAGUAGAGGUGAAGAGCCGUUUGGAAAACUACGAGGUACAUCAGGUCAACUCUCGGUGUCUCACGACAGUGUUUUCCCCGGAGAAGUACCUCACACUCGCCCACUCUCAUCCCUGGAUACCUUGGCAACUCUCCAAAGACGACAAAGCAAGACCAGUGAUGAAGCUGUUCAUAAAAAUUGUAAUCCUCAAGGCCCCUACAAUCAUCGAAUGUCUAAUCGAGUGUUGGAGCAAAUAAAGACUGCCAUAGAGAAUCGAAAUCAGCUGGCAUCAGCAGGAUCCACUUAUAGUUCACACGCUUCUAGAGAGCACUAUCAGCAGGAUACCACUGAGAAUCGGUUUACACGAUUGGAGAGACGAGAAAAAAUCGACGAAGGAGAAAAAUUUAGGGUAACACGGACAUUACAACAGGAUGAAAAUGAGAGGAUUAAUAAAGUGCCAAAAGAGGAAUUACCGGAGUUGGAGAUAGCUAGUUUAAAUCAUACUGCUGCUCAUCACCGUAUAUCGGUUCGACCGAAAAACCGACGACCACCACGACGUACAGCAACGAACACCAGUAUGUCUUGUUCAACGAUCACAACGAUAUCAGAAGGUUCUGACGUUUUGGAUAGUCUAGAGCCAAUAUCAACAAGCAACGAAAGUACACCAAUCGAUACAAAGAGUAUUUCAAUACUCCGGAAAUCUUCCAGCCGGUUAUCAAGAAACUCUGAUAUUUUUGAAGAACUUGAAGCAAAAUUGCCAAAGAAACCUUCAAGUUUAGCUUCUUUGUCACCAGAUAGUUUAGACAUAGGGUCAACAAGAGGAACAUUAGAUCAUACAGAUACAGAUGAUAGUCGUGAAUCUAAAUCAAUCACAAGAAAGUCUUCAAAUCGUAUUCCAAAGCCAUCAAAUCUUUAUGAUGAACUUGAGCUCAAAAUUCCGAAGAAAAGAUCAUCAACCAGUAGACUAUCAAAGUCACCAGACAGCCUGGAUAAUUCAUUUUCAAAAUCAACAGAAGGAUUCGAUAAAUUGAUUGAAGACGAGAAAGUACCAACAUUUGGAAGGUUGCAAAAUUUGAUGUCUAAAUCUAGUGAUGGCUUUGAUAAAUUAUCAGAGCAGAUGGAAGUGAAACCAAUGCCUAGAAGGUUUUCUAAUGUUAUAUCCAAGUCAACUGAUGCUUUCGACACCUUGACAGAACGAGACGAGCCACGUCCGGUUGCUAGAAGACUUCUACAUCCAGUUUCCAAGUUUCCAAAUGUUUCAAAAUCAUCUGAUAGUCUAGAAGCAAUACAAACCCUCGAGAGCGAUGAUUCGAUAGAGCGCAGGCGCAGUAGUUUCGAAAUUCGCCCAAGAAGAAGUCUGAAAGUAAUGUCUAUGUCAUCAGAAAAUUUCGAAGCCUUAGAGAAACCUCUAGAGUUGCAUAAAUUGAGCAGUGCAUCUGACGUUCACCUUUCGCGUAUGAAACACCAGUCGAAGAUGAAUAAUAAUAUUAUUUCUAAGUCUUCUGAAAAUUUCGAAAGCAUGGCAAACAGUAUUCAAGCCGCAGAGACUCAUAGAUCAAAUGAUUUUACUAAACCUAGUUGGAAAAGUUAUAAAAGAACUGUUUCUUCAGAAAGUUCAGACAAUCUGGAGCUUGAUGACAAAAUUGAAAAUCGUAGAGUUCGUAAACCACCAAAGAGAGUACCAAGUUCAAGUAUUGUUGAUGUAUUUCAACGUGAUAGUUAUCACGAGGAUGAAAGGAGACCAGUGUUGAUGAGGAAACCACCACGUUUACAGAAAUCUUCUGAAAGCUCAGAACUUGGUAGUACUGACACUAUUGACUCGGAGAAACGAAAUAAGUCUUCCGACAGCACCGAAACUCUUGAUAGUCUUGAGAAAGACCUAGAGCAAGACACCAGGGAUGAAGAUAUGUCAAGUAGCUUUGGUGAAAGACACGAUAAACAUGAUUCAUGGUCAUCAAAGCCAAUGGAUAUGAAGCAUGACAGAGAAACCGCUGAUGGAGUAGAGAAUUCCAGGCCUCUUUCGUUCACAGAUAAUAAAUCUUAUUGGCGUCAAAGUUCAGACUCAAAGGAAAAUAUCGACAUCCAUCAGCUUCUUUCAAUAGUCAGCCGUAUGACAGACAACGGUAAUAAUAAUCAACGGAACUCAGUACCAUUUCCGAAUAAACUCACAUCACCGCCAUCAUCUCCUGUGGUUAAACAGGAAGACAAUAAAUUAUUAUUUAAUAAUUUACUUACGACAAAAAAUAAUGAAGAAUUACAAAAUAUGUUAAAUGGAAACAUAUCUGAAGUGUCAACAGACACAAAAAGCUUUAAAGAAAAACUUAUCAUGUUUGAAAAACUCGGAAAAUGAAUAUAUAUAUAUAUAUAUAUAAUAAAA